GCAAACCAAGCCGGGUUAGACAUGCUUGAAACAACGCUCGUGGCACUUCAGGAUAUAAUGCUCGACAAAACUCUCGAUGACUCUGGUCGUAAAGCUCUUUGCUCCGAAUUCGCUAAGAUCAUGCAGCAGGGCUAUGCUAAUCUUCCGGCGGGAAUAUGUGUGUCGAGCAUGGGAAGACCAGUUUCGUAUGAGCAAGCGACGGUGUGGAAAGUUGUUGACGACAACGAGUCAAACCACUGCUUGGCUUUUAUCCUCGUGAAUUGGUCGUUCGUUUGAAAAAAUAAAAUGGUUGAUUAUGUUUAGAUAUUAAAGUUAGGAUGCUGUUUUGGUAAGGUUUGUUAAAUUAGACGGUCCAUGACUCUUAUGUAUUGAAAAAUGUGAUGAUGAUUUCUUUAAUCAAUUAUGACACUAUGUAUGAAGACAAUAUCUAUUAUUCUGUGCUUUAGUGCUUAUGUUAUUUUUAUUA